CCUGGAUCUUUCGUUCAUUGGAAAUACGCAAUCAUGACCGACAAUACGCACUCCAUGUCAACCAGGAGAAGUCUCAAGACAGACCGUGCCAGUAUCAUCAAUCCGACGGCAUUCACAAGUCACAAAGCAACCAUCAAUCCACCAGCGACUACCACAGCUACCCCUAAGGCAACCGCCAACUCAACACCAAAAACACCACCUAUUUCCAAACCAUCUACCAGAAAACCCAAAGCCGUCGCCAGAAAUACUGUCAAACCCACCACUCGUUCCAGUGCCGGCGGAAAAGCAGCUGUCAAACAUUUCGUUUCAGAUGAAGCACCAGAUGUAGACAUGCAAGAUGAGGACACUCUUCCAUCUACUACACCAGUAACCUCCACAUCGAAAGCCACAGCAAAGAAACUCGCCACCAAAACCCCCAUACCAGAGGAAAUACCAAACUCAUCACCAGAGGUAAAAAUGCAAGACUCAGCCACCUCACCACCCAUAACAUCACCAUUCUUCAAACCGAAAUCUGCUAUGAAGACACCCGCUAUCAAGCAAUGCUCCCCAGCGUUGACUCCAAAUACACAAGUUCAAGAUGUAGGUACCUCAGCGACUAGCCGACCAAAAGCGAUACUCGAGAAACCAAACAACAACCCGCACGACUACCUCAAGCCCAAAGCCUCAAAGAGGAGAACCGUUUCCUUUGGCGGUGCGACCUCGGAAGCCGCCACGCAGACUGAAAGUGCAGAUGUACCUGUUGUGCAAAGAGUGCAUGAUGCAUAUCCUGAUCUCCCUGCUGUUGUGCCCAGAGAUGGAGAUGGUGUUCGUAAGCUUACCCUUCCCCUGCUAAACCAAGUACAGCGCCAGCCAUCCCACUAUUUCUCCCACAUAAACGGAACACUUGCACUUCAUCAACAGGCAAAGAAAUGGACACCUACGUUAAAUGUCAAGAUGACGACGAAUGAGUUUAGCGAUGCUGUCGUCAGAGCCAAAGAUGCGAGAAAAUGUACCGGUGGCGAUGAGUGUGGUGAUCAUUGUCCUUUGUUUGGAGCUGAAGGUCAUGGUGAUUGAAGCUCUUGAUGGAAAAUCAAGAACAUUUUAAGAUAAACACUGCAUUUUGAUAGAUGGAGGGGCUUUUGCUGUCUGGGAAGGAAUAGCUAACUAGACAAGAGAGCAGGUGUUUUGUCCAAAGGAUUGCAGAUUAUUUUGUUGGUCGUCGCUUGGGCUGUCUUGGGCACACUGGCUGUGGAGAG